AUGCCCAUCACAAAAGGACAACGAUCGAUGCUGCCUUGUUUGAAACCAUCCGUACCAUCGACAAGCAAUAAUAUCUCUUCCCCAGCUUCACAAGUUCAUUCAGGAGACAAUACACCUGCAUCUAGCGUCCAGCUGUCACCCACCAUCAACCUCAACCGUGAAUACACUCUCGCCCUCCAAACAAACUCCUACAGCGAAAUCCGCAGAACAUUCGACCCGAAUCCCAACAUCCCCGUCUCGACCGGCCACGCUGACCUGGACAACGUCCUCCAGCCGAGCCGCGAGCACGUCCAGGAAGCACUUUCCCAAAUCGCCCCUGGCUCCUCCCUCUCCCGUCUUGUCACCGCCUACUUCGAACACAGCGAGCAGACCUCCCGCCUCUGCCUCCACUUGUACCGCGACGUACAACAUGUCCGACUCGCGUAUUCCCCCGUGCACAACCUCCUCGAACACCUCCCGUUCGACUCCCACUCUUCCCUCUCCCCCUCCCAAUGCCAGUUGGCUUUCGAGGCCUUCGUCAAUUUCGACCGGCUCGAAAACCCGUUUCUACCCCUCGACUUCGACGCGAUCUCGGACCUCAGGCGCCAGCUCGACUAUCGAUUAAAAAAAUCCCGAACUACACUCAACCGAAUGCGCCGGUGCUCGGUGGGGUCAGCUGUCUGUCUUAUUGCAGUUACUGUGGGAAUUGCUGUGUCGGCCGUGGCUAUAGGCGCGCAUGCUCUCGUGGCACUUGUGGCGGGGCCCGUGUGCCCGCCUGUCGUUUUUCUGCCUAAAAAGGAGUUGGUGAGUUUGAGUCAGCUUGAUGCGGCGGCUAAAGGUGCGUACGUGCUGGGGAAUGACGUGGACACGAUAGAGAGGUUGGUGGCGAGGCUGCAGGCGGCGGUGGAGAACGAUAGGUUGCUGGUGAGGUUGGGGGUGGAGAGAGGGCUGGAUGGGUACUCGAUUCAGGAGGUUUUGAAGCAGCUGGGUAGGAAUCGGGCGAGUUUGGUGCAGCAGCUGGAGGAUCUCGAGGAGCAUGUGUUUCUGUGCUUUGCGGCGAUUAAUCGGGCGAGGGCGAUGCUGCUGCAGGAGAUUCGUGGGAGUCAGGAACCUGCGUGA